GUGUGUCUCCCUCACUGAGAAUAUAAGUAUGAGAAUGAAACUGCUCUUUUAGACCUCAGAAACAUUUCUGCAAUAACAAGAUGGGCUCUGAGAAGAUGUUAGAGAUGGCCACACUUGGCAGACCGUUUAGCCUUGGGAUGCUGUAUGACCGCCGCCAAGACAUACCUAUUCCUGGAUUAACACUGUGGGACUGUGAUGGCUUGGAAAAGGACAAAACAGAAAAUUCACAACCAAACAGUGAGUUUGAGAUAGUUGCUUCAGAAUCCAUUGAGGACAAAAUUUCCGCCCUGAAUGUUGAAGCCUCAUUAAAGGCAAGUUUUUUGGGUGGACUGGUUAAAGUUGAAGGAUCAGCAAAAUACCUCAAUGAUCAGAGAACAUCCAAGAAUCAAGCCAGAGUAACCCUAAAAUACAAAACCACAACAAAAUUUCAAGCACUGUCAAUGAAUCAUCUUGGAAGAGGCAACGUUAAACAUCCAUAUGUUUUUGACCAAAAAAUAGCAACACAUGUGGUCACGGGCAUUCUAUAUGGAGCUCAAGCAUUUUUUGUCUUUGAACAAGAAAAAUCGGAUACAGAAAGUCAUCAAGACAUCCAGGGCAACUUAAAAGUUAUGAUUGAGAAGAUUCCAUGUCUUUCUAUUGAAGGUAAAGGUUCUUUAAAUCUGGAAGAUAAGGACAUUGAAAAAAUACGAAAGUUCUCUUGCAAAUUCCAUGGAGAUUUCCUACUGGAGAAAACUCCAACGACCUUUCAGGAUGCAGUAGAAGUCUACCAAAGCCUGCCCAAGUUGCUUGGUGCCAGUGGAGAAAAUGCUGUACCAAUCAAGGUCUGGCUGUUGCCUCUUACAAUUUUAGAUUCUUCUGCUGCUAAACUUGUUCGUGAGAUAAGCGUAGGUUUAAUUCAAGAAGUACAAGGUGUCCUGGAGGAGUUAAGUGAGCUGGAAAUAAGGUGCAAUGAUGCAAUAAGGAACAUCACCACACAGCAGUUUCCACAGAUAAGUAAAAAACUUAAACAUUUUAAAAAUAUGUGCUCUGAGUUCAGGCUUGGAUUUCAACAAACAUUAGCAAAGAAACUUCCAUCUAUCCGAGGAGGAGGGGAGGAGGAAUCUGAGCUUAUAGAAGUUUUGAAGAUGAAGAUUUCUUCACCUUUCAAUGGAAAAAACCUCAAUCAGUGGAUGGACUGUAAAGACAGAGAAAUUUACAUCCUUAAAUCUUUUACCAGGAAAAUGAAAAACACCAAAAUCAUCCCAUCACAAAGUAGCCUUCAUGAGGAGCUUUUUAGUGCAGACCAUGCUUUGUGUUUUGUCUUCACAUCACUGGAGAGACAUGAACCAUACCUCUCUGCUAUGUUCAAUUACCUCAAAGGAAGAACUGAGACAGAUGAGUCCCAUACUUAUGAUGUGGAAAAGGAACAGUGGUAUCUCUCAAGGAGCUUGACAGAUGAGAUAAGAACAAAAGUAAAAAUCUUUACGGAUUUUGCAGAAGCCAACCAAGAGAACACAAACAUAAAGUUCCUGGCUGUAGGUUUAACAGAUAAUAAACAUGAAGGCUCAACCAUUUACCUUUACAAAGACUGUUUCCCUAUCAGUGAGAAUUUUGAGCCUCCUUCAAAACCUGAAAGUGUGACAGCAGUUGACAUAAACCAUGCCAGUGUGACCCUGAACAUUUCUCCACCCUUAUUUGGAGCAAAGCACAUCACCUCCUACUCUGUUGAGUACUGUGUGAGUGGAGAAAAUGAAUGGGAACAAAAAAUAGAAUCAAUAACUGCAGAAAUCACAGUGAGCCACCUGAAGCCAAACUGAGUACCUGUUCAGAUGCAGAGCAGUAACCUACGCAGGUGUAGGACCAGCCAAUUUAAUCUCUAAUCCAAUUAAGACUCUACCCUGCAGUCCUCCUGAAAAAUGUCAAGUUGAACCACAAUCAUCUGAGAUUUUAGUAAGUUGGGAGAAACCUGCAAAGCUGGGGCCAGAUGUUCAGAUAAUGAGCUACAUUGUGGAAUAUGCAAACACAACUAAUAGUUCAAAUGUAGAAGAUCUCCUUUGGAACCAAACAAGGUCAAAAAGUGAAAAUGCCAUAAUUUCAGGACUUGACCAUGAAACAGAAUAUGCAGUCAGGGUCUGAUGUGACUGCGGUGGAGCUGGCAGAAGUAAAGAAAGCAAGAUUGUUAAAGCUUGUACCACAAAGUCGAAAUGUCUUCUGCUUGUUGACUAUCUGAAAAAUAUUAGCAAAAAAAAGUCUCAAAUCUCAAGUCUCCCAUUAGUUUAUCAACUCCCCCUGAGACAUGAUGACGUAGACAUAGAUGGAUGUACUAGGUAUACGUUUGGUAAAGAAAGUCUAAGACCCAAUCGCACCAUUAUGCUUCUAGGAGCAACCGGAUCAGGGAAAUCUGCCCUCAUCGAUGGGAUGAUCAACUACAUUGUUGGUGUAGAUUGGAAGGACAGUUUCAGAUUUAAAUUAAUUAAUGAGUAUUCCUCAAGGUGCCAAGCCUACACACAGACCCAAGACGUCACUGUGUAUCGAAUCUACCACCAGGAUGGGUUUAAAAUCCCUUACUCUCUCACCGUUUUAGAUACGCCAGGCUUUGGAAAUACCAGGGGUAAAUCAACAGACCAGGAGAUCACAAAAAAGAUCCAAAGGAUCUUUAGCUCAGCUGAUGGACUCACAGAGAUUAAUGCCAUUGGCUUUGUUACUGAGGCCUGUCUGACAUGUCUAACAGCAACACAUAAAUAUGUGUUUAACUCAGUCCUAUCCAUUUUUGGUAAAGACAUAGCAGAGAACCUUAUCAUGCUGGUCACUUUUUCAGAUGGAAGAAAACCACAAGUUCUUGAACCACUUAUGGCAUUUGAUGUUCCAUGUCCCAAAGAUGACUUUGGAUUUCCGAUUCAUUUCAAGUUCAACAACUCUGCACUGUUUGCACAUAAUAAAUGCCAAGAGCACAAUGCUAUGGAUGAGGAAUCUGCUGAAUAUGAGGAUAUAAGCAUCAGUGAAAUGUUUUGGAAGAUGGAGAUGAAAAAUAUGAAGAAGUUAUUCGCUGCCUUGGAGACAAUGACAUCUACAAGUCUGCUGAUGAACAAGGAAGUUUUGAAACAUUAAACAAGUUAAGAAAACAAAAGACAAGAAAGCCAUCCUAAUUUUGAUUUAAAAUCUCGAUUGAAAUGAAUAUUACUGAAUAAUCCACAAAGAGCAUGAUCAGAGGGGGAUGUAUAUUACUAACCAUGAAAAUUGUCCUGUCAGUGGAUCUCUUAAUUAUAAAACAAUAUUUGGAUUAUUUUUGCAUUUGGACUGUGUAAUUUAAAUGAAAUAUGCAGGUAGGAAUAUAUCUACCUACCUACCUACCUACCUACCUA